CGCGAGGGACAGCGCGCCGAGCGCACGCUACGCCGCUACGCGCUACGAUGGCCGGCUCCUAGUCACGGCGCGCGACUCUCGCGUUACAACUUUGUGAACAGUUCACUCGUGUGCUCGCUUACCUACCUCCCGCAGUCGGACAACACUCGUGUAGUUGUAGUUCGCGUGUAGCCGGUACUUGUGUAGUUCUGUAAGUGUCGCCAGUAGUUCACUAAGUGUCGCCAGAUGAUCAAGAUGAAACGGAUUUGCCACCUGAUCUUCCGGCUGCUGUUCCUGCUAGACGGUGGAGUGUGGUCCCUCAGAAACCUAUCCAUCUCUGUGCCCCGCGCCGUCCUCUCCGGCGAGGGUCAGUCAGCCAUCCUGAGGUGUUCCUACGACCUGGAAGAUGCAGCUCUGUACUCCAUCAGGUGGUACCGAGCAGAGACGGAGUUCUAUAGAUAUGUGCCACGGGAGAUGCCGCCUACUAUGGUGUUUCCAUUGCCUGGGGCGUCUGUUGAUCUGACGCAGUCGGACCACCAGCAGGUCCGCAUAGUGAACCUGAACAGACGCCUGAGCGGCGACUACCAGUGCGAGGUGUCGGCAGACGCGCCGCUCUUCCACACAGACAUACGGUCCGCGCCGCUCACUGUUGUUGAUCCGCCCUUCAGAGCGCCACAUCUGUCCAUCUCCCGCGGCAGUUACGCGCGCGGAGACAUACUGAAGGCAAACUGUUCAGUAGACGAGGCCUACCCUGCUCCCAACAUCACUUGGAUCUUGGAUGAUCAUAAGAUAGCAGAAACGGUGUCAUUCCGAACUUCGGAUCUAGACUUCAAGGAGCGGGGAGCAUUCAGCCGUCUGGAGAUAUCGAUCCUGGAGGCGGAGCACUACAAGAUGGGGCUGACGUAUACCAGCGCCAGCCUCAGCAGGGCCUACCAGGACAACUACUACGGGUAUGAGAAGCAGCCUGAGAAGGAGGAUAAGGAGGUGUUGAGAUACACGCUGAUCCCUCCGCCAUCAGGGCAGUUCUCUCUAAGCUGCGUGGCAACUAUCUACGACAUCUACGCGCGGAAGGGCGACUCCAUCCUCAUCAGAGAAGAUGCUCCUCAUCCUGCCUCCGUCACUGGGGAGGACUCCUCAGGUGCUCCCGUGUCGUACAACUUCGCGCUAACAUCGCUGUGCGCGAGCGCAGUGCUGCUGCACACGUUAUGAUCGGCGCACGCGACGCCGCACACACUCAAUUAAACUCGCUAAUACGCUCUGCGCGCGGUAUACCCACACAAGUGGGCACAACGAUUACUAUGGUUUAUUUAUACGUUCCCAAUAUUCGAUCUAUCUGUGGUUUGGUUACUGGAGAUAGGUAGGAGUUUGACAUUACUUGUAUGGAGCUAAUUUCGAAAUUCUAUCAUUCUCUGGUUAUUAGGGGAUAGAAUAUUGGACGUAUGUUAGGUAAUAAGGUUAAGAUGAGGAAGUGUGUGACGUCAAUUGAAGUGGACGCGUUUUUAUAUUGUCGUUUUGAAGGAGGUGUUAGACAAUGAUUUAGUUACAUUUGGGAAUUCUGGCUGUCAAUAAUUUGGUGGGAUAGUAAUGUAAAUUAUAAGAAAAUAUAAUUAGUAGAAUAUUUAAUGUACAAAGGUGAGCUUACAAAUUCAGCGAAAGAUUAUAAAUAUACGAAUACUUAAAGCUAUACCUUCAUUAAAAUAUAUUUAAUUAUGGGAUAUCUAAGACGGCAGAUUGGCAGCCCCAUUUAGUUCAAUUCAGGAAAGGAGUAUUCUCGUCUCGCUCACUCACAUGUAUAAAGCCAUAAGAGUAAGAAGGACCGCGCGCAGUAACCGUUACGUAAGGAAACUGAAUGUUGUGAUAGACUCGUAAUGAAGCUAAUAUUUGUACUAGUGAGUAAGAAAUAUUGUAUAUUAUACUUAUUUCAAUGUUGCAGAUUUAAUUAUAUGUGAAUAUGUAAAUAAAUUCAUUAGUUACUGA